AUGCUGACCAGUGUCGAGGGGAUUACGCAAGGCAGCCUGCUCCUCAUCUGCAUACACUUACAAGCUGGGUAUUCCCCACAUUUCCUAACGGCGUGUCACCGACAAAGGCCUGUCCCCUGCCCCGGCCCCCUCCUGCGCCGGCUCAGCGGAGCGCCGGGCCGGGCCGGGGGGAAGGAAGGGCCGCCGGCCCGCGGUGCCCCGGGGACCGCCGGCGCCCGGAGCCGCCGCCACAGAGGUGACUUACCGGUCUGGCGGUUUUACAGCCCCGCCGGCGCCCUCCCCCGCGCCUCCCGCCGCCCGCCCUCCAUUUACCCCUGCAACCCCAGGGCCGGCUGUUCGGGCGGCACUCGGCGGCCCCCCCACCCCCAACCGCUCGGCCGGGCGCCCUCUCCGCCGCGGCCCGAGACCCGCCGCCCCGCCGCCGGCCGCCCCCCGCCGGCGGCUCGGCGCGGCUGUCAGCUGGUGCCGGUGACAGGGGACCGGCGGCGGGCGGGCGGCGGGCGGGGAGGAGGGGGGCUGCCCGCAGCAGCCGCUGCCGCUCACCUGGAAAGUCACCGCGGAGGAAGGAGGGGAAGCCCUCCCGGUGCCCUUGGUGCGGCGGCUGCUGCUGCUGCUGCUGAUCCCGCCGGGCGCUCGUGUCGCUCCUUGGCUAAGGGCUCGCCCGGAGUGAGGUGGCUGGCGGUGCUUCUUUAUAUAUAUAAAGACAGACAGCGAUAUUCCAGCGGCCGAGGGGCGCCCGUUUCACGCAUUUCUCUUAAGCCUCUCGCCCACCCGGCGCCGCGGCGAAGCGCCUUCCCCGAGAGCGGCCCGCGCCACCGGGAGGACAGACAAACGGACGGUGCCGGCCGGAGCUGCGGAGCGGCCGGCGCAGACACCUCACGCCGGCUAACGGCCGCCCGGGGCUCACGCCCCCGCUUCCCCCCGCCGCUGACGGAUCCGCCCGCAGCCAAUGAGCGUCCGCAACGUCCGGUGGCGGGGCGGGCUCGGCGGAGGGGCCGGUCUCCCUCAGCAGCCCCCGUCGGCCCCGGAGCCGGCCCGCCCCGGGGGCAGGGGCGCCGCGGGGGGGGACACACGGGACACCCUCCCGGCGAGGCGGUGCCUGCGCUCCCCGGGAGCGUCCCGGCGCUCUCCCGCGGCCGCCAGCCCCACCGCCGGCGGCUGUCACGGAACCCGGCCCGUGUCCGGCGUCGACAGCCGGCCCUAGGUCCCGCUGCUAAGCUCGGCUUUGAGUUCGCUCGACCCGGGCGAGGGUGCGGGAGCGGCCUUUGUCUGUCUUAGGUUUGCCACGGAAGGUUGCCCUCGGGUGGUUCCCGCGGUUCGGGCCCUCCCCGCUGGCUUCGCCGGGCUCGGCUUCGCUGCCGCGCUGGGUCUGGGGAAGCGGGUCUGCAUUUCGUCGUCAGAGCAAAAUAGUUUUCUGCUGGGGAAGCCAUGCGACCGCAUGCGGAGGCUGCCGUGAGGUGACUGGAAGGGAUGCCGGCUCGCAGCGCUGUCACCAUGACGUGGGAAGUCGUACCAGCACCUGAGAUUAUUGCUUUGAUUCACAUCCCCCCCCCCCCCCCCCCCCCCCCAAAAAAAAAAAAAAAAAGCCAAAACAAAACAAAAAACGUCAUGGAUUAAAAGGGAAGGGUGUACACAUAAAUCCAGAAAGCGGUCGUUCUUACGGCAGGUGCUGGAGCAAAUAAAAGCAUUAUUUCAUGGUUUAA